GCCUUUGCGCCGAGGUGUCUCUCUCGCACUCGUUACAGAUAAGCUUUGCAUGAAAGAAAGAAAACCCUAUUCAGCCCUUCUGGAAUCUGCUUGUGCUGCCUGAUUUGGUCAGUGCUUCAAGUAUUAUUUUGCCUACACACAAACACACCGAUGUCCGACGCUGCGCGCGAGGCGGGCGGGGCAAACGGGGAUGAGCGCACCGCCCCUGUCUCCCCCUCCCCGCCAAUAGAGGAAAUGGACGCCGACACGAUGCGAAGCGAGCUGCGUCGCCUCGACGAGGAGAAGGCGCGGCUGGAGCGGCAGCUGACGGAGGCGCUGCAGUACCUUGCGUCGACGCCGGUGGGGCUGCACAAGCGCCUGGUCGACGACGAAGGCUUUCCCCGCAGCGACUGCGAUCUCUACGCCGUGCGCGUCGCACGCAACACCGCCGACUCCACCCGCAACGAUCUGCGUGCCCUCAGUGAAAAGAUGUAUGCGCUGCUCAACGCCUUGCAUCACAGCACACAGGAGGAGGCGGAGCUACAGAUGGUGCAGGAUGCCGCGUCGCGUCGCCAGCGGCAGGUAACGGCGGAGAAGCGGGCACAGCGCAUGGCGGAGGUGCAGCGCGUACGUAAACUGCCCCCGUGCUUGGUCGUCGCCAAGGUGGACUCGGGGAGUCCGGCGGAGGAGGCCGGACUUGGGACAGGCAUGCGCAUUCUUCAAUACGGUGCCAUCACGAAAGCUGAGCUGGCCGCCGAGGGGCUGCAGGCGCUGAUGAAGGAGACGACAUCGCACGCAGGGGAGCCGAUUACGGUGUGGGUGCAGAAACCGGGCGAGUUGGAGGACGAUCCGACAGAUCUCGUGCUGGUGCCGCAGCGGUGGAGCGGACCGGGGCUGCUCGGGUGUGCGCUGGAUCUGUGUGAGGCACAGCGGUGA